AUGGGUGAAAGGCAUACAGGCAGUCCAACCAGAGGUCACAGAGCUGAGGAUGAGGAGACAAGAGAAUUCUUUAGGACUAUGGCCACUGGGCAGCAACAGGUUGCUCAGGCUUUACAGGCACUCACCACCAUGAUGGAGCAAGAACUUGAGGAUGUUGCCAGAGCUGAGGCAGAACCUGUCUUUGUUGAUAAUGUUAUGACGGUACAUGAUGAGUGGAGUCUUCUUCCACCUGAUGUGAGGCAGAAUCUGAAUUUUGAUCAGUUCAUGAGGCAAAAACAGGAGGUAGAGAGAAACAGGCAAGAGAGGAGGCCUCGGUCCCAACAUAGAGAUCUUGAGUUUGCCACAAGCAAGCUCACCCUACCUUAUUAUGAUGGCAGCAGUGCAGUUACAGUGAGAUCUUGGAUCCAUAAACUGGAUACAUACUUCACAUUGAGACCCAUGAUUGAAAGGGAUGCAAUUAAGUUUGCAACCUUACACUUGGACGGUACUGCACAUGAGUGGUGGCAUAAUGGACUCAUCACUCUCCAACAUGAUGAGAUUACCACCUACCAGGAGUUCGCUGAUUUGUUAGUUGAGAGGUUUGAUAAGAAAGACCCUGAGUCAUACUUCUGGGAGUUAGCACAACUGAAACAAACAGGGAACUUGGAGGUGUAUGUUUCAGAGUUUUUGAAUCUGUCAUGCAUGGUAAAUAACAUGUCAAAUCAGCGAUUAGUAGUGUUGUUUAUAGAGGGACUCAUGGAGCCUUUGAGAGGCUGGUUAAAGGCAUUUGAUCCCCCAACACUUCUACUCACCAUUAAAAAGGCACGGAGUAUGGAUGUGACAGCCACUCAAAAUAAAUUUGGGACAAAAGGAUCAACAUCUUUCAAAGAUAAUAGGAAUUUCAGCAAAGGGAAAGAAAAAUCAGACUUUAGAAAUGAUUACAAGCCAAAGCCAGCAGCCCCUCCCUUAGAUUGGGAGACACUUAACGAUUUAAGGCAAAAGAAACUCUGUUUUUAUUGCAAAGGUCCAUAUGAUGCCAACCAUGACUAUCCUUUGAGGCCUAAGGGCAGGGCAAACAGAGUAAUGUGGGCAUAUUAUGAAGAUUCUGAAUCUGAUCAUGAAGGUCAGCUUGCUGGUUAUGAGAAUUUAGAGGCUGAAGAUGACACACAGGGUCCUCCGAGACUCGACAAAAUGGAUGCAGAAGGUGAUGAGCAUCUUAAGGAGGCACUUCUCACGAGUAUUCAGCAGGAAGGGUCAUUUAGAAUGAGAGGAGUACUUGCUGGUCAGAAAGUUAUUACAUUGCUGGAUAUCGGAGCCACACAUAACUUUAUUGAUGCCAGGUUGGUGGAGAAGAGAGGAAUCCAAACAGAGGAGUUUGAGGGCAUUUGUGUGAGGGUGGCAGAUGGUUACACUUUAAAGUGUAAUAGGAUGAUCACACAACUCCCAUUACGUGUAAACAAUUAUGAAUUCAAGACUGAUUUCUAUGUGGUUCAGAUGGGAGACAUAGAUUUGGUCCUUGGUAUGAAGUGGUUGCAUGAACUAGGCAAGUUUACACUUGACUUGCAGGAGAUGGAGAUGUCUUUCACCAUUGAUGAGAAAACACAUGUGCUGAAAGCGAUUAAGGACAACAAUUUCAGAAUGAUUACACUCAGGCGGAUGGAGAGGCUUGUACGCCAUGAUCAGACUGAGUGGGCAGCAGAGUGUAUGAUCAUGCCCAUACAGCAGGAUGCUCAAAAAGUUGAAUAUCAUCCAGACAUUCAAAUACUGAGAACCAAACAUAGCAAGGUUUUCAGUGACAUACCAUCAGGGAGGCCACCAGAUAGGGGUUUUGAGCACAUCAUUGAGCUAGAGGAGGGAGCGAAGCCAGUAAUGAUUACUCCAUAUAGACGUCCGAAGUGCCUGAAAGAUGAAAUAGAGAAAACCAUACAGGAGCUUCUGGCCAUGGGACAUAUUCGGCCUAGUAAGUCCCCCUUUGCUUCUUCAGUUGUUUUGUCCACAAUGAACAAAGUCUUCAAACAUCAGUUGAGGAAAUCAGUAUUGGUGUUCUUUGAUGAUAUACUGGUUUACAGUCGUACUUGGGAGGAGCACCUCAGUCACCUAGAUACAGUUUUGAGCAUUCUGAGCAGGGAGUCCUUGUAUGCCAAAGAAUCCAAAUGUGACCUUGGAAUGACUGAGUUAUUGUACUUGGGCCAUAUUAUCAGUGCAGAGGGAGUGCGGAUGGAUCUCGAGAAGAUCUGUGCUAUUGUAGAUUGGCCUACUCCAGUGAACCUCACUCAGUUGCGUGGGUUCUUGGGCCUAUGUGGUUUCUACCACCGUUUUGUUAACGGUUAUUCACGCCAUUCGGCACCUUUGACAGACUUGAUGAAAAAGGGUGCCUUCUUAUGGACUCCUGAGGCCCAGGAGUGUUUUGAGAGGUUCAAGGAGCUCAUGACUUCAUGUCCAGUACUUGCUACACCUGACUUCUCGAAGUCAUUUGAGUUACAAUGUGAUGCCUUUGGUGAGGGCAUUGGGGCGGUGCUUAUGCAGGACAAGCACCCUAUUGCUUAUUAG